AGAAAAAUCAUCGUUUUCCUUUUUCAUAUCGGAUGACCCCAAACCAAGAACCUCCUGACUCAGCAAUUGUCCAGCUGCUCCUGCAGUUCCAGUGGACGUGGAUCGGCCUCCUUUCUCAGGACAAUGAAAAAGGAGAAAAAUUCAAAAGACGUUUGGAAGUCCUUGCUCUAAAAAAUGGGAUUUGCAUUGUCCUCUCAGGAUCUGUCCCAGAAGCAAAUGUGCAGACAAGUGUUGGAGAUACUCUCAUGCAAAAGAAAAGGAAAAUGUUCUUUUCUCUUAUCAAGAGUCAAAUAAAAAUUAUAGUAUGCCAACUAGAUUUUCAGGCCUCAGGAAUGUUAGCAGCAAUAAUACAAACGAUUGAUAUGAUUAAUACACCCAUUGUGGGAAGGGUGUGGAUUGCAACAACUUUGACAGCUUUAAGUAGUAAGAGGAGAAUGCAAGUUGGAGAUCAUCAAGCAUCCCAGAUUGUACAGCCAUGGCAGGACAUUCCCACCAAUGGCCGGAGGGAGGAUGAGUGAAGCCACCAGGCAACCGAAUGACACCUUGAUUGGACCAUGUGACCGAUUGUUUGGAAAAGGGAGGAAAACUUUUACUUUUAUUAGGAGAAAACUGUGGGAACAUUUAGAGUCAGUUUUCACCAGCCUGUGCCUAUAUGAUAUGUCCAAUAAAACUGAUGUUUGAGG